UGGUCAAAUUUUUCAAGCAUGGAGCAUAACCAUACGUUAGAAAGUACUUUUGCAAUGAGCCUGAGGAACAUAACAGAUAAUGAAUUAGACGCCCUAUUGCACUUUGAUAGUCCGCCACCGACUAUUAAAUUUUCCCAAAGCACUAAUCAAGAUGGAAAAGAGGGUAACGGAGGUACUGAAGAAGCUAAUGAAACACUCAGUACUUUACAGUUUAAUCGCGAAGAGCUUUCUUCGGAAAUGAGUUCACAAGUUGGCUACGUAAACUAUUUUCGAGAUGAUUUAGAUUUUACCCUAAAGUUUACUCAACAAAGUUCAGGGCAACUUGAUCCCAUGGUAAUAAAUUCGAUGGAAGUUGAGAACAUUGAAAUAAAUGAUACCGAGGUAACAACACCAGAAACUGAAAAGAAGCCAACUAWUAAUGCCAUUGAAAGAAAAGAAGAUUUAACGAGUAGAACUGUUCAUGUUAUAAAAGAGUCAUCUAAUGGUAACAAUACUGAUGCAAUGGGUUACAUCGAAGAAAUUAUAAAAAAGGAGCUCCUUGAUCUUACGGCAAUAGAAGACUUUUCCGAUGAUGAUGGGUUUACUGCUUUCAAUGAUGUGAACUUGAAUGUUUCUACAGAGCUUGAGCAGUCAAAUUACGGUGGCGCAAAUAUAGAGCGUAUGUGCCAAUCUCAAAUGACAGCACCAAAGAAAGAAACUAUACUUGACAAACAAAUAUACACGUCAUGCCCAGUAGAACUUCAUAAAGAUCAUAUCCCAUCUUUACCCAGUACUAUUUCUCCGGCUAAACAAAGCGAAAUCGUGGAUUAUGCACUUAAAAGCGUUAAUAARUGUAAUUCACCAACAGCAAAUGUCAAGAGUCUCUUGCCUCCAAAAGAGUUCAAUGCUAGUGGAGUUACAGGUAUAAUAGACUAUAGUUUUACCAGUGAUUUGGGCAGUGUACCCGCAUCUGUGAAACAAUUAUACGAUCUGGUGCGGGCUCAGUAUUCUGAUUUUGCUUUCGUGUAUGCAUUAAGUGCACAACUUUGUCAAGAUCGUGUACCAAUGGAUUGUUUCGUUAAUUUAAAAAUGGGUUUACUACUUAGCUUGGCUUCCAUUAGUACAAAUCCCGAUCGCCCUCCAAUACCUAUAAUGGUGUUCGGCAGUGAUACAUACAUAGCCAAUUAUUUACUUAUAAACAUUGCACAACUGGCGGARCGGUUUGUUGGGCCAGCUGAUGUCGUAAAAUCGCCCUUUUGCGGAAACUAUCGCAAUUGCAAAUGGAUUGUAGCGGAUCCUAUCUUGUUGGCAAGUGGAGGAGUGUACUUCGCUGGCGAUUGGUCGCACCUGAAGAUGACCCGGAUGGAUCAUGUUUUCAGAAUCAUCGAGUGUUCGCGAGUUCCUGUUGAUCAUUCUUCGCAAAUCUAUCCUUUAGGGACCGCAAUAUGGGCACAUUGGCACUCAUGCAAAGGCAAUUCUAAAGAUCAGCAAACAUUUAACAAAGUGGUUAAAAUAUUUGGUAUUGCAAUUUGCAUGGACAACGAUCAAAAACAUGAAGUGCUCGUGGACUAUAUAUUAGAGCAAUCGUCUGUAAAGAUCUUCGAAUCGACCGUAGACCACUUGUCAAUUAGCAGCGAAGACAUGCGUUGUUUUCUAAGGACAAUUUCAAAACACUCAGUAGACCUGACUCCAGAAGCUUCGCAAUUAUUACAACAAUAUUUCGUAACUUCACGUUUCGCGCGCCCCGAAUGCCUGACGAAACAAGCCUAUGUCGUAUUGAAACAAUUUGCUGAGUCUUUUGCAAAACUCUGCUUCCGCCACGAAGUGUUGGUAUGUGAUGUCGUUGCAGCUGUUUUUAUGUGCGAACGUUUUUUACGAAGUAUUUUCGGUGUGAAUGAAAAUUCUCCGCCGGCAUUUGAAUCACAUAAUUUUGUGGGCUCUGUGGAUGCGCACAUGUUGAAAUUUCAAGACUGGCUGAACGCCUACAUCAAAAAAUUUCAAGACAAAUAAUUUCAUAUUAUAUGCUAUUCAGCUUUUAAGUUGAAAAAAUGUUUACAUUUUAUUUUAGAAUCAUACCUAAGUCGUAAAGCUUACAUAUAUGUGAGUUAUAUGAUCCACAUACAUAAAUAUAUGUACAUUAAUAAAUACACUUUUGAUAUAGUUGUCAAAAUUUUUACUCUACC